AUGGCUACCAGACAGGUGGCUAUAUCAAUGGCUACCAGACAGGUGGCUAUAUCAAUGGCUACCAGACAAGUGGCUAUAUCAAUGGAUGCCAGACAGAUGGCUAUAUCAAUGGCUACCAGACAGGUGGCUAUAUCAAUGGCUACCAGACAAGUGGCUAUAUCAAUGGAUGCCCAGACAGAUGGCUAUAUCAAUGGCUACCAGACAGGUGGCUAUAUCAAUGGCUACCAGACAGGUGGCUAUAUCAAUGGCUACCAGACAGGUGGCUAUAUCAAUGGCUACCAGACAGGUGGCUAUAUCAAUGGCUGCCAGACAGGUGGCUAUAUCAAUGGCUACCAGGCAGGUGGCUAUAUCAAUGGCUACCAGACAGGUGGAUAUAUCAAUGGCUACCAGACAGGUGGCUAUAUCAAUGGCUACCAGACAGGUGGCUAUAUCAAUGGAUGCCAGACAGGUGGCUAUAUCAAUGGCUACCAGACAGGUGGCUAUAUCAAUGGCUACCAGACAGGUGGCUAUAUCAAUGGAUGCCAGACAGGUGGUUGUCUGGGUAGAGAAUAA